AUGCCAAAAAAGAAAAGAAACAAGAAGAACAAUAAUACAGAAACCAAAGAUAUUAUAAUUACAACACAAAAUAAUAAUAAUAAUAAUGAAGAGAUGGAAGAAACCAUUUAUAGUGGUGAUACAAGAGAAUGUAGCCAUGAUCAAUGUACCAACCGAAUGAAUGGAAUGUAUAUUUAUAACAAACAAUUUAUCAAUGGUCAUUUGUUAAAUACCAAUCACCACAAAUGUUUAAUGGAAAAUAAAAAUCAAACCAAUUUGGAUAAAAUAGAAUGUCAUGGUUGUAAAAGAGCAAUAAUGAAUCGAUAUAAAAGUAAUAGUUCAGAUGAACAAUAUGGUAUUUUAGUUUCCAACGAUACACCACCCAAUACCUAUACCGGUUCAUUUACUCUAAUUAGAGAAAUAGAGCGACAAAAAUUAUUUAAAGAUGAUCCAAACAUUUCACCACUCUACCCAUUAUUAAAAGAAUUAAUUGAUAAAGAGACUGGAAUACAAAUAGUUGGUAGUUGGUCCUUUCAACUUCACGAAAAUGUAUUUAAAAUCUUGGAAAAGAAGAAAAGACUUGAUGGCACUUAUUAUAAAGUGAAAAUCUCGCAUUCAAAGGAUUGGAUAUCACAUACAAACCUUUCAAAAAAACAUCUUGAAAAAAUCAAAUAUCAAAUUAAAUUAAAAAAUUAA